CCGGUUGCGGGUGGUGGUGGCGGCGGCGGCGGGGCCAUGGCGCGGCGGCGGCGGUGGUGAGGGCCAUGGCGGCCCCGCACGCGGAGAAGCUGGAGGGAGGCGUCCCGGCCCCGCCGCCCCCCCCGGGGCCCCCGCACCCCGCGGGCAGCGCCGCCGCCGGCGGGCCCGGCCGCAAGCAGGGGAAGGCAGGGCUGCAGAUGAAGAGCCCCGAGAAGAAGCGGCGCAAGUCCAACACGCAGGGCCCCGCCUAUUCGCACCUCUCGGAGUUCGCGCCGCCGCCCACCCCCAUGGUGGACCAUCUGGUGGCCUCCAACCCCUUCGAGGACGACUUCGCGGCGCCCAAAGCGGGCGCAGCCGCCGCCGCCGCUGCCGCCGCCUCCUUCCUCGGCAGCCCCGUCCCUUUCGGCGGCUUCCGCGUCCAGGGCGGGAUGUCCCCGCAGGUGCCCUCCGGUUACGGCGGCGGCCCUCAGCCCCUGCGGCGCCAGCCCCCGCCCUUCGCCCCCGGGCAGAUGGGCCCGGCCUUCAGCAUGGCCCCGCAGGGCCCCGGCUACGGGCAGCCCGGCGCCGUGGGCUUUCCCGGGCAGCCCUUCGGGCAGCCGCUGGGACCGAGCUUCAGCCCCCCCGGGGCGCCGCUGCUGCAGGGGCCGGUCGGCAGCUUCGGGCCCAUGAUCUCCCCGACGCUGGGGCAGCCCCCGCGGGGGGACGUGGGCCCCGGGCCGGCCCUGAACCCGCCCCCCGGGGGCCCGGCGGUGGGGCAGCGCUUCGGGCAGCCCGGCAGCCUCUUCGGACAGUCGCCCCUGCAGCGGCCCGGGCAGGGCGGGCCCCCGCUGCCCCCCACCGCCAGCCCCUUCCCCGGGGCUGACCCCGGCUUCCCGGCCGGUGGCGAGGAGGGGGGCAAGAGCCUGAACCCUCCACCCGGUGCCUUCGCCCCAGAGCAGCACUCGGGCUCUCCCGCCGCUGUCAAUGGGGCACAGCCCGGCUUUACCCCCGGCAGCGCCGGCCGUGGCGCCGGCACCCCCGAGACCAACAGCCUCCCGCCGCCCCCCCCGGGGAAGGCAGCGGGGGGCUCAGGCCAUCAGCCGCCGCCGGGGCUGGUGUACCCAUGCGGGGCUUGCCGCAACGAGGUGAACGACGACCAGGACGCCAUCCUCUGCGAGGCAUCGUGCCAGAAGUGGUUCCACCGGGAGUGCACCGGGAUGACGGAGAACGCCUACGGGCUGCUCACCACCGAGGCCUCCGCCGUCUGGGCCUGCGACUUCUGCCUCAAGACCAAGGAGAUCCAGUCCGUGUACGUCCGGGAGGGCCUGGGACAGCUGGUGGCCGCCAAUGACGGCUGAGCUGCCCCCCCCAACCCUCCCCGCCACCGGGCACGGACUGACCCCCGGUUCUGGCACCGUCACCAACUGGAGAGACAGGGCUGGGCACCAGCUUGGUACCGGCUGUGCCAUCACGAGCCCUUUGAUGGGCAAGGGAGGGGGGGCUCCCGCCCGGGUGCACUGGCCCCCGGGGGCUGAGGCUCCUGGUGCCCCCCCUGGCUCUGCCCCGUGGGUCAGUGCCCUUGUGGGGAGGGGGGGGGGCGAGCUGCACCCCACCGCCAUACACGACCCCCCCGGGGUUGCACAGCGCUGCCGGCGCCCGCAUCGCGUACUCGGGGCAGUCCCGGUGCUCUCUUCCUCUCCCCGGUGCUCGGGAUGGUCCCGGUGCCCCCCCGUCCCCCUGCCCCGUUAUCCCGUUUUAGCCGAUCGUUAAUGGAAACUUUUGUACUGUCGCUAUAAAACUCUCAAUCGCG